GUACCUCUCACCCACCCCACCCCCCUCCCCGACAAAAGAUACAAGGACAGAGAUAACCACGGGCCCGAGAGAAGCAGCCAAAAGGAAGUGUCCAUAUUGCAGCGCUAAAAACCCUAGAACUCCCACCCCACCAAGACAGCGUCCUCGAGAGGCCCCCAGGGCGCCCGCUGGAGGAGGGGCCAGAGAGUGCCGGGGUCGGCCACCCCUACAUCCGGGACCCGCCCCUGUCCCCCGAACGCCCGGCAAUCCUGGGGCUUGAAGUUCACUCCAGGCAGCGUCAGGCGCCUCCCUGGGCACUACUUGGCUGGGCCCAGCCAGUCCGUCUGGGACCAGGACUCCACGCCCGGCACGUCUCGUCCCACUUCGAGGCGGGGUAGGGGGCGCCGCACACACUCCCGAGGGGCUUGGGGCACUUCCUCUAACAGCAGAUGCGCCCUGAGUUGAGCCCUAAGCGUGCCCGGGGCCACCUCCGAACCUUCCCGGAGAGCCGGCACCCCUCGCAGCGGUUUCCGCCAGACGACACCCGUUCCCAGGCGGUCAUUACCUCUCACGAAAAACUCCUAACUCGACCCUCCUAACACGACCCUCAUGGAGCCGCGCUCCCCUCAGUUCGACACCCCCCGGGAACCCACACAGGACUCAAGCCGCGCGCAGGGGAGAACCCCGUGCCGGCGCCAAUUCCUCACAGGACAAAAAUGUCCGGGCGCGUCACGGGACAGCCGCCUCCGCGCCCCACGCCGGGAGCCGGCCGCACGCGCUGCCUCCGCGCCCGGGAGCUGUGCCGCGGGCCGGGGCGGGGAGCGCGGACGCCCGGCAGCGCCCGCCCAGGAGGGCGCUACUCCGCGGGAACUCACCGUCUGCUCUGCAGCCGCAGCGCGGAGGCAAGGAACGGGCAGGGGAAGACACAAUAUGGCAGAGCACCACAGCUGCUCCCGGCGGCUUCCAGCAGCCGCCUCCGGGAAGACGCGGCAAAGAGCAGGCAGCGGCAGCUGCGGUGGCGGCCGCGGCAGCACCACAUCCCCCUCCCGUUCGCUUCCUCCCCCUCCCUGCACCCUCCCCCGCUGCCAUGGCAACGCGGCGCCAAGGAGAUUAGCCCCGCCCUUCCCUCCGGUCCCCGCCUCUCGCGGCCACCUCCGGAGGGGGCUCGGCCCGCCUCCCGGUAUCUCCUCCCACCUCCUACCUAAGGGCGGGCCCCGGACCUCGCAGGCCUUGGGGAACUGCGGGUGGGAAGGAAGGGAGAUGCGGUGUCCGGAAGGGCGGGGUUCGCACGGAAAGCAGGGCGGAGACGUGGUGGGCCAGUGCCGGUUUCGGGCUGAGGAGGGGCUGGGAAGGCGGGAAAAAUGGAAAGGCCUCGCCUGUCCCGGCAGGACCUAUAGGAGUGUGGCGGAGCGCGGCGCGGCCGGUGAGUGGCCAAGAAGGCGCGGGGGCGGGGCCAGGGUGGCCUUCCCGGCUGGUCGGCUGGAGAAGCCUGUGCUGGGACUGCAGCGACGACCCCCAACAGCCCGAGCUUCUGUGGGUUUCCCCAAGAGCUUUCCGCCAUGGGUCGGGCUUUGAAAGCGCUGUAGGAAGCGGUAAAGCAUUAAUAUGAACUUAAAGUGAUAUCACACUCGCUUCACUGAAAUUUUAAGUGGAAACUGAGCUCAGCGUGUUUGUGGUGAAAAAAAGGACUUUGGAAUCAGAUCCAAAAUUUAAUAAGCAUCGCAUUUCCUGAGCCCUCCUUAAGUGCUAGGGACUGAGCUUCCAGCUAAGAUCGAACACGGCUAUCAUUCAUCACAUAGAAAAACCAACUACAGAUAAAAGGAAACAAAUAAUUUUUGACCUACUACUUGUCAGGAAAACAGAGGAAAGGAAAUUAAGAUUACUUGAGGAAGAACUAAGCACUUAAUAUGUGUCAUUACACUUAAUUCUCACAAAAGUCCUAUUUCACAGAGGGUAAAAUGGAGCAUCAGUUAAGGUCCCAUGUGUCUUCUCAUUCUGGAAACCAGGCAGAAAAGACAGCCCUUUAUGAGAUAUGCCAUUCUUGGGGCAGAAGGAAAGAGCUAGACCCUGUUAACUUAAAUAACCUCCAUGGAUGUGGCAUAUGCAAGUGCUCAAGCCAGACACAGGGUGUCACAGCACCUAGAUACAACAUGGCAACCAAGCAAGGCUAUUCCUCAGGAAAACUGUAAGGUAACAGCCAGUAUCAGUUGCCAAACACAUGAGUGAAGAAGCCUUCAUAUUAUUCCAACUCCAGCCUUAGAGCCUUCUAGCUGAGGCCCCUUCAUCACAGUAGAGGAGGAAAUGAGAGAAUAAGGCUUUUGUGUGGAGAGACCAAGAAGGCAUGGGUGUGUAUUUGAAGAAUAGACACGUUCGGAACCUAUUGGUUUCAGGUCACAGAUGUCAAGGACCCAUUCUUGAAGAGUUGUUUCAGUCCUACAGACAUGCCAAGUUAAUUUCCUUUUAAAAGAAACAAACAGUAUUAAACUAAAAAGUUUCUGCAUAGCAAAGGAAACAAUCAACAGAAUGAAGAGACAACCUACAGAAUGGGAGAAAAUAUUUGCAAACCAUACAGAUGAUAAGGGGCUAAUAGACAAAAUAUAUAAGAAACUCAAACCACACAAUAGGUAAUCAUCAUCAUCAUCAUCAUCAUAAUAAUAACUCAAUUAAAAAAUGGGAAGGACCUGAAUAAACAUCUCUCAAAAGAAGACAUACAAAUGGUCAACAGAUAUAUGAAAAGGUGCUCAAUAUCACAAAUCAUCCAGCAAAUGUAAAUUAAAACUGCAAUGAGAUAUCACCUAAACUCUGUUAGAGUGGCUACAAUAAAAAAGACAAAAGCUAACAAGUGUUGGUGAAAAUGUAGAGAAAAGGGAUAUCUUGUACCCUGUUGGUUGAUUAUAAAUUGGUGUAGUCAUUGUGGAAAACAGUAUGGAGAUUCCUCAAAAAAUUAAACAUAGAACUACCAUAUGAUCCAGCAAUCCAACUUCUGGGUAUAUACACAAAGGAAAUAAAAUCAGGAUCUCAAAGAGAUAUCUGCAAUGCCCAUGCUCACCAAAGCAUUAUUCACAAUAGUCAAGACAUGGAAACAACCCAAGUGUCCAUCAACAGAUAAAUGGAUAAAGAAGAUAUG